AUACAAGUUAUUCCAUCUAAACUUAGAUUCAGGCAACUAUAUAAUCUAGUGCAAACUUAUACAUCUGCAAAGAGUAGAAAAAAGUUACUGCAACGUCUGUUUCCACCGGAAGUUAGAUAGUGUUCUCGUUCCUCAUCAGCAACCCCUAUAUUCCCCCUUUCUACCAUGAUCACACAACAAAAUUAUGUUAUACCGGACACACCAGCUUCAAGCAGUAACUACCACUGUGGUAAUGUAGGAAGCAGUUCUAACUCUAGUUCUGCCCAGCUAAUACCAACAUCUAUCAACCCUUCCAAUUCAACCUCAAUAGUAUCGGCAUCUACAUCCAUAAACUCGGCAUAUUCCACUGCCAAUAAAAAUAGCUAUUCUACUACUCAAAUAUCAUCCAUUCCAUCUACAUCUUCGAUAAUUGCACAUUCUAGGUACCAGCCUUCUAAUGCACUUGUUAGCAAACUCCCCGUCGACUUGAUAGAACAUGAGAUUUUGCCAUAUGUCGACCAAUUUGAUUUGGUGAACCUACUGUUGACCUGCUCAGCAUUAUACCUUCCCGCUAUUAAGAAACUAUACAGACGAGUCACUGUUGUUUUGGAUGCGGAAUUACCCCUUGUAUAUGAUAUAGACCAUAGGCGCUAUAUAUCGGAAAAUGGGAUGACAUAUAUGGACAGUGCAUUAAUCUUCACAUUUGGCAACUUGCUAAAAUUCAUAGAGUCUAUACAGUCAAAUGUGGAGUUGGUUCAGCUAGUUAAAUAUUUUGUGUUUGAUAAAUGUCACCAAGACGAACAGGAGACUUCGUUAACGGCUCUCCAGCUGAACAUCCUCGAAUUCUUUGCUGCCAAAUCCCAGCAUUUGAACUUUUUUCACAUUUCCUUUGUCGAGUACUUGCUGGGGAUUAAGCAGUUGACUGAUUUCUUAAAACAUGAAAAUAUCAGACAAAAUAUGUUUAAAUUGGUGGUGACGAGCUUGGAUGAACUAUAUACCCCCAACAUACCCAGGUGUCUUACAAACUUGUUCCUUAUGAUGAAUGAACUUGAAUUGAAGGAACCCUUUGACUUGUCGGAAUACCCUUAUGAUGUAUUUAAUUCGUUAUUUACGUUGACAUGUUCCACGUCGAGACAUUUAGGUUUGGAAGUUUUGCAAAAUUUAAAAUUAUGCUCACCAAGCAUGAAAUUGAAACUUAAAGGUUUGACAGUAUUCCAUCGUCAUAAGGAAAUUACAAAUGCGGUUGAAGAAGAAGGUGAAGAUGAAGAAAUCAGUGAAGAUUUGGAUGCAAAAUUGCAAGAAAUUGACAAAAAAUUGCUGUUUACAGCUAUUGAGUCGAAAAUCGACCUUAAAUACUUGAGCCAUUUGUAUUUAAAAGUUGAUUGUAAUGAGCAUCGUCAUAAUAUGUGUAAUUGCUAUGAAUCAUUUUUCAAUGAUUUUGCCAAAUUCUCUCUUGCUAAUGACGGAUUACCAAAUUUGAUCAAUUUUGAAGCUGAAUCAUUCCCAAAUUUAGAUUGGUUAAGACCACAUCAACAAUUGGAAAACAUAUUGACCCCGUUGGGUGGGUUUAUAAAGACAUUGGGUAACUUAUCUCGAUUAACUAUUGAUUUUUCCACGCCUGGUUUCAAAAUGUUUGAUAACAAUUUAGGUUUAUCAACCAUGUUAUUAAACAAAUUGAAUGAGCAUCUCAUGGAAGCAUUUUUCCUUUGUUUCUUCACCGUUGACAACACUAGCAAUUGCAAAUCGCCUUUGUUGAAUAAUCUUCGAACUUUGCAACUUCCAGACUUUUUCACCUCCUUCAUUUACUACAAGCCGGAUUUCAUGGAAUCAUUGCUUCAUACUUGUAAAUGCUGGGGUUGUCAAUUAGUCCUUGAAAAGCUCAAGGAUGAAUUUUUCGAUGAGCAGGAUGAAAAUGGGUUAGAUAUUGAAUCUACUUAUUAUAUGUUGGUUGGAUAUAUACUUGGUAAACUCCAAGCGGAUCGUGAAGUAUGUAUCCCUAUAAAAGAAAAGACAUUUAACUAUUCUAAAUACCCUAUCUACAAAGGUCAGCCACAUACACUUCACCAGGGAUUCCAUUCGGUUGCGUCUCCAUGCAAUUGUAAUCUUGAACAAGAUCCACUUGGAGUUUCAAAGAUGAAUAUAGACAAUUUGGUGACCACGUACAUAGUCCAUCAGUUGGCACCUAUUAUAGAAUAUUUGAGCGUGCUAUUUGUAAGAUUGGACAAUUUGAUGAUACAUGGGAUAUAUUACGAACGGAAAAACGGUGAAUUGGUUCCUAAUUUCGACGAGAUGGAUUAUCCUGAGGAGUUUAUACAAGUAAAACAAGACGAAAUUAAUGGUGGUAUUAGACCUGAGGGUCCAUUUGGGAAUUUUAGAGGGGUGUGAAAGAAAAUUAUAAAGCUAUGGAUAUGUCUAUGGUGCAAAUUAUUCUGUUGGUUAUUUAGUGUUAAUAAAACAGAUUAGUUUUUUUU